UGACGACACCGGUGAGGGCUUUCGGGCGGGGCCUGGGACAGGCAGCCCAGGGGUCCGCGGUUUCACAUCGGAAACAAAACAACGGCUGGUCUGGAAGGAACCCGAACUGCGAGCGGAGGUGGCGGCAGCAGCGGCGGCGGCAAAGAAGCGUGUACCCAAUCUGGGAGCCUGCAAGUGACAACAGCCCUUGAGGUCCUUAAGACAGCUUGGCCUGGAGGAGAACACAUGAAAGAAAGAACCUCAAGAGGCUUUGUUUUCUGUGAAAAAGUAUUUCUAUACGGUUGCUCCAAUGACAGAGUUACCUGCACCAUUGUCCUAUUUCCAGAAUGCACAGAUGUCCGAGGACAACCACCUGAGCAAUACUGUACGUAGCCAGAAUGACAACAGAGAACGGCAGGAGCACAAUGACAGGCGGAGAGUUGGCCACCCUGAGCCGUUAUCUAAUGGACGACCCCAGGGUAACUCGAGGCAGGUGGUGGAACAAGAUGAGGAAGAAGACGAGGAGCUGACAUUGAAAUAUGGCGCCAAGCAUGUGAUCAUGCUCUUUGUCCCUGUGACUCUCUGCAUGGUGGUGGUAGUGGCUACCAUCAAAUCAGUCAGCUUUUAUACCCGGAAGGAUGGGCAGCUGUACGUUAUCCAUGCCUGGCUUAUUAUAUCAUCUCUAUUGCUGCUGUUCUUUUUUUCAUUCAUUUACUUGGGGGAAGUGUUUAAAACCUAUAACGUUGCUGUGGACUACAUUACUGUUGCACUCCUGAUCUGGAAUUUUGGUGUGGUGGGAAUGAUUGCCAUUCACUGGAAAGGUCCACUUCGACUCCAGCAGGCAUAUCUCAUUAUGAUUAGUGCCCUCAUGGCUCUGGUGUUUAUCAAGUACCUCCCUGAAUGGACUGCAUGGCUCAUCUUGGCUGUGAUUUCAGUAUAUGAUUUAGUGGCUGUUUUGUGUCCAAAAGGUCCACUUCGUAUGCUGGUUGAAACAGCUCAGGAGAGAAAUGAAACACUUUUUCCAGCUCUCAUUUACUCCUCAACAAUGGUGUGGUUGGUGAAUAUGGCUGAAGGAGACCCGGAAGCUCAAAGGAGGGUAUCCAAAAACUCCAAGUAUAAUGCAGAAAACACAGAAAGGGAGUCACAAGACACUGUUGCAGAGAAUGAUGAUGGCGGCUUCAGUGAGGAAUGGGAAGCCCAGAGGGACAGUCAUCUAGGGCCUCAUCGCUCUACACCCGAGUCACGGGCUGCUGUCCAGGAACUUUCCAGCAGCAUCCUUGCUGGUGAAGACCCAGAGGAAAGGGGAGUAAAACUUGGAUUGGGAGAUUUCAUUUUCUACAGUGUUCUGGUUGGUAAAGCCUCAGCAACAGCCAGUGGAGACUGGAACACAACCAUAGCCUGUUUUGUAGCCAUAUUAAUUGGUUUGUGCCUUACAUUAUUACUCCUCGCCAUUUUCAAGAAAGCAUUGCCAGCUCUUCCAAUUUCUAUCACCUUUGGGCUUGUUUUCUACUUUGCCACAGAUUAUCUUGUACAGCCUUUUAUGGACCAGUUAGCAUUCCAUCAGUUUUAUAUCUAGCAUAUUUGCAGUUAGAAUCCCAUGGAUGUUUCUCCUGUGACUUUAACAAAAUCUGGGGAGUACAAAGGUGACUUUCCUGUGUCCACAUCUAACAAAGUCAAGAUUCCCAGCUGGACUUUUGCAGCUUCCUUCCAAGUUUUCCUGACCGCCUGCACUAUUGGACAUUGGAAGGAGGUGCCUAUAGAAAACAAUUUGAACAUACUUCAUCGCAGUGAACUGUGUCCCUCGGUGCAGAAACUACCAGAUUUGAGGGACAAGGUCAAGGAGACAUGAUGGGCCCGGAAGUUGCUGUGCUCCAUCAGCAGCUUUCCCUCGGUCGCAGGAAGAUUUCACCAACACUGCGGACUCUCAGGACUACCGUUACCAAGAGGUUAGGUGAAGUGGUUUAAACCAAAUGGAACUCUUCAUCUUAAACUACAUGUUGAAAAUCAACCCAAUAAAUCUGUAUUAACUGAAUUUGGAACUUUUCAGGAGGUACUGUGAGGAAGAGCAGGCACCAGCAGCAGAAUGGAGAGGUGGGCAGGGGCUCCAGCUUCCCUUUGACUUUUUGCUGCAGACUCAUCCUUUUCAAAUGAGUCUUGUUUCCCCUCCUCUUCGAGUCAAGUCAGAUGUGUAGAUUGACUUUGGCAAUUUUUGUUCUUAAGCACUGACACUUAUUACCAUCUGUGAUUGCCAUUUCUUCCCAAGGCCAGUCUGAACCUGAGGUUGCUUUAUCCUAAAAAUGUUAGCCUCAGGUUCCAAAUUCAAUACAUUCUGGAAAUCACAGAACUAUUUCCCAUCGAUUCUCUAUCAUCCUGAAGUCAAUUUUGGAUUUUCCACCAAAUUCUGAAUUUGUAGACAUACUUGUAAGUUCACGUGCCCUGGAUGCCUCCUCUGUCCUCAUUCUUCUCUCCCACACAAGCAGUCCUGUUCUACAGCCAGUAAGGCAGCCCUGUUGUGAUAGCAGAUGAUCCCGUUAUUCUAGGGUUUUACUCUGUAUGAUGAAAAGAAUGUGUUAGGAAUUGGUGCUGUCAGCCCUGCUCUCAGACCAUUUCCAUAGCAAAUGAAAUGUAUGCCCAAAGACAGUAGAAUUAAAGAAGAGUAAAAUGGCUGUUGAAGCAC